AAUGACUAUCGAAAACCAAAAUUCUUUCAUGGCAAUUUGGCAAUAAAGAGCGAGCGAGUUAGCUAAUGUGGUAGAUGGCGGGAGUGAUCUCGUGUGAUAUAACUGUGUUAGCUUAGUUUUUAAAUUUUUAGUGUAAAAAUAGUUAUUAAAAUGACUAGAGCUAAAAUAGAACUUGGCGACGUGACACCACACAAUAUCAAGCAACUAAAGAAGCUGAACACAGUCGUGUUUCCAGUAUCCUACAAUGACAAAUUCUACAAAGAUGUUUUAGAGGCAGGAGAGUUGGCGAAGCUAGCUUAUUACAAUGAUAUUGUCGUGGGAGCCGUCUGUUGUAGGAUAGACACUACAGAGAACUCCAGGAGAUUGUACAUAAUGACCCUGGGUUGUUUAUAUCCGUACAGAAGACUAGGCAUAGGAACCUUGAUGGUGGAACAUGUGCUCAAAUAUGUUGAACAGGAUGGAAACUUCGAUAGCAUUUUCUUACAUGUUCAAGUAAAUAAUGAAGGGGCUAUUGACUUCUAUAAAAAGUUUGGCUUUGAAAUUGUAGAAACGAAAGAGCAUUACUACAAGAGAAUAGAACCGGCAGAUGCUCAUGUGUUACAAAAAACGAUCAGAGAACCGCAGACUACUCCACUAGUUAAUGGAUCUGUGCCUCAUGCCAAGACUAACGGACUUGAAAUUGAUUGAAUUACAAAACAUCUAUCCGAGUCCUACGCAGAUCAUGGUGAAAAAAAAGUGAUAAAAUAUAAGUUAUAAGGAUUGUAUACAAGUCAAUGUUUAUCUCAAUUGAAUGGAAAUUCAGUUAUCAGAAAAGAACAGGAUAAUCAUAGGUUGUGGUUGUGGUAUGAUGCCAUAGAGUUCACGGACUGAAACCUCAUCAACUUCGACCAGCUUUGUAGAUACAAUGUGCUCAUGUUGAUGUAUAAACUGUUGUAAUGAAAUUUUUAAGACAUGCUUUGUAUGGCAUAAUAAUCUAGUAAUACAUUUAACUCUCUGAAUUUUUAGUAACAUAUUUGUAAGAAUUAGGAUUUGGAUAAAUUUGAAAUACCAAGAAUAUUUAGUUCUAGACAUUUUUUUAACUACUGAUUCGUGGCAGAAUUAAAUUUACAGUACAUAUUUAAAUAUGCAUAUUCAAGUACAUGAACCCUUACGUAUAAUAUACACAUAACAAUUUAAAAAGAAGGAAAAAAUUUAUAAACCAUUAAUUAUAAAAUAUAAUUUAGCCAAGAAUAUAUUGAAAUUUAUUUGUUUUGUAACUCAACAAAAACCAGAGAUGAUAUGCUGUGAUACUUUUUUUUCAGCACUUAAAUUAUUUGUAAGGGCUGCAUGUAUUUGUUUAUGUGAAAAAAAAUAUAUGUUUUCCGGUCUAAAUAUGAGUCACCUCGCAUUUAAUUGGUAUUCUAUUUUUAGUGGUUAUUGUAAACUGAUCAAGUAUCUAUGACUUGUUUUUAUUUUAAAACAUUUGACUUGUUGUCUUCUAAAUACAGUUUAUAUUAAGAUUUUUAUUCUUUUUAUUUAUGCGGCGAAUAUAAGAAAAAAUAUAAAUUUAUAUAAAAAAACAACCAAUUUUGUUAAAUAUCAAAACGACGCUAUGUUUUCUGUACACAUCGUGUGUGGCAACACUGGACAUUGUUACCAAAAAGUCAAUUUUCUCAAAUCUGUAACAAAUACUUUGUUAAAUAACAACAUAUUUUCUUUCAUCUUCUAGAAUUAGUACAAUAAACAUGGAUAACACUUU